AUGCAGCGCAACAUGGAUUUGCGUGUGGGUAACAAGUACCGCAUUGGUCGCAAGAUCGGGUCCGGCUCAUUUGGAGACAUCUACCUUGGCACCAAUAUCGUCACCAAUGAGGAAGUGGCUAUCAAAUUAGAGUCGAUCAAGGCCAAGCAUCCACAACUGGAAUACGAGGCAAAAGUCUACAGAGCUUUACAAGGUGGAGUGGGGAUCCCAUUUGUACGGUGGUAUGGCACCGAAUGCGAUUACAACGCCAUGGUGAUCGACUUGCUUGGACCAUCUUUGGAGGAUCUGUUCAACUUUUGCAACCGCAAAUUCAGCCUGAAGACCGUGCUUUUACUCGCAGACCAAAUGCUUUCUCGUAUCGAGUAUAUCCAUUCGAAGAAUUUCAUUCAUCGUGAUAUCAAGCCUGAUAACUUUUUGAUGGGUAUCGGCAAGCGCGGCAACCAAGUGAAUGUGAUCGACUUUGGAUUGGCCAAAAAGUAUCGUGAUCCACGCACGCAUCUCCAUAUCCCUUACAGGGAAAACAAGAAUUUGACGGGAACAGCUCGUUAUGCAAGCAUUAAUACCCAUCUUGGUGUCGAACAAUCUCGACGAGACGAUCUUGAGUCAUUGGGCUAUGUUCUCAUGUACUUUUGCCGUGGUCAGCUUCCUUGGCAAGGUCUCAAGGCGGGUACCAAGAAACAGAAAUACGAUCGUAUCAUGGAAAAGAAGAUGACAACACCCACCGAAUUACUCUGCCGAGGAUUCCCCAGCGAAUUCGCCAUCUAUCUCAACUACACGCGUUCACUACGAUUCGAUGAUAAGCCUGAUUACAGCUACCUACGCAAACUAUUCCGAGAUUUGUUUGUUCGAGAUGGACAUCAAUAUGACUAUGUAUUUGAUUGGACAGAAAAGGAAAGCAUGCAACAACAACAAAGACAACAGCAGCAACGUGAUCGAACUGGAAGAGAUAGAGGAGAUGAAGGCGAGGACCAAGAUUAUCCUGGAAGAAUGCUAGCAUCCUCGUCUCGUCGCAUGAUGGAUAAUCCAGGAGGAGCAGUGGCAUCAUCAUCUCGUGCCGUUAUGCCACCAACAGGCACCAUGCCAUCAGAUCCUGUCAAUGCAUCAUCAUCCUUCCGCCGAUCCGCCUCUGCAACAAGAACUCCCAUGCCUGGUCUUGGUGACAGCAGUGGGUUGGCAACGCCUUCACGUAACAUACCACCUGCAAACCCAUGA